CUGUCCCUGACCGAGCUGCGGGAGUGAGGACCUUUAGAAAACGUGAACUAUUAUUGACUCCUGUGCCAUGUGUCAUGUGCAAUGCUGGGCCAUGAAGAAUGGGUACAGAUGUGGCUGAGGCACUGUCUCUUCCCUGGAACAUAACUCUGAGGGUUAAGAGAUGGGCAGUGAGAAGGAGCAGAGUCCAGAAGCACACCUGCCUGAGGAAGGGGAAGGGGGGAAGCCUUGGAGAGUGGACGGCUCGGAGGAUUUCCAGAUCGCAUCUAGGGAGGAACAUGGGCAGGCGAGCCUGUCGAAGGGGCUUCAAGGAACACGCCCAAAAAUGCCAUGGCAGAAAGUCACUGCCCGAGCUGGAGGCCCCAGGAACCCCAUUGCUUUUAAAGGUCCAGAGGCGGAUGAGAAGCCUUUUAUAUGUGUGCAGUGUGGCAAAACCUUCAACAAUACCUCCAACCUGAGAACACACCAGCGGAUCCACACUGGUGAGAAGCCAUACAAGUGUUCAGAGUGUGGCAAGAGCUUCUCCCGAAGCUCCAACCGCAUCCGCCACGAGAGGAUCCACCUGGAAGAGAAGCACUACCAAUGUGCCAAGUGCCAGGAGAGUUUUCGGCGGCGCUCAGACCUCACUACACACCAGCAGGAUCACCUGGGCCAGCGGCCAUACCGCUGUGACAUUUGUGGCAAGAGCUUCAGUCAGAGUGCCACGCUGGCUGUCCAUCACCGAACCCACCUGGAGCCAGCACCUUACAUCUGCUGUGAGUGUGGGAAGAGCUUCAGCAACAGCUCCAGCUUUGGGGUGCACCACCGGACCCACACGGGUGAGAGGCCUUAUGAGUGUAUGGAGUGUGGGCGGACUUUCAGUGACAUCUCCAACUUUGGUGCACACCAGAGAACACACAGAGGGGAGAAGCCGUACCGGUGCACUCAGUGUGGGAAACACUUCUCCCGAAGCUCGAACCUCAUCCGACACCAGAAAACACACCUGGGUGAGCAGGAUGAGAAAGAUUCUAGCUAAAGGGGAGCCCUGCUUUGGAGUGAGGGAGAGCAUGUAGCCCACCUUGAUAGGAGGAGGAGGAGGAGGCCGUUAGCACCUGCUGUGGCACCUGGACUGCAAACCCUUCACUUUGUAGAAUGACCCUCUUUGCCUUUGCAGUCAGGAAAUCCUGCCUCCUCCCAGGCAGUUUCUUGCCUUGAAGAAUCAGAGUGCCCAGUCUUCACUUUACUUUCUCAGGGGUGGACAGAGUGGGAUAGGCUCAGGACAUGCUCUUAUCAUUGGGACAUCAGUCCCUGGCGGAGGGAAGUGCCUGAGAUGGCUUCACCGUCUGCAGGACCUCUAAAGCCACCCAGCUUCAGACACACUGCAGUGGCCUGUGAGUUCCUCCCUUGCUGUGCCUCGUCGCAUGUCAACUUCUGGAGCCCUAGGCCGGGAGGCAUGGCCCUCCUAUUGAAGGGGCCUCUUCUGUCUGAGAAGAAGCUUGUGGUCCUUCAGUAAGAAUGAGAAGGAAGCCUCAGGGAUCCACAAUCCAGGGAGCCUCACACUCCCUGUGUUUGUUACCUACCUUCCUCGCCCCACCUUGCCUCUGUCUCCUUGGUGAUUACCAGUAAAACACUUCAAUGAGAAGAACCUGUGUGCUUAUUCGGAGAUGUGAGGAGCUGGGGAGAUUGUUCCGGGCGGCCUUUCUGCAAAGGAGUUGAGUUCUGAGACAGAGGUGGCUCCUCUGGAAUGAAGAGGACAGCAAGCCGAGCCUCUGGAGCUUUUAGAGAGGAGGGGAGGGAAAUGUUGAACGUCCACUCCAGGCUGUUGCUUGUACACGCCAUUCUUUAUCUCAUCUGGUUGUCACAGAUCCUCAAGGGCAGAGGAGACAAUUGAAAGGGAGUCACCCAGUGUGUGUGGUGGGACCAGUGUAUACGCUGACCUCUGCAGCCAUUCCCCGUGCUUUUCACAUGUGCUGGCCUCCAAAGGAGGCUGGCCUAGAGGUGGGUGCUAGUGUAACCUCUUGAUACAACCUUGACCUCUUUGCCCUUGGAAGUCAGUAACAAGAUGAGGAUCUUUCAAACUUUAGAUUAUUGAUUGAGCACUUUUGUGGCUAGGAAAAAUGACGGUGGCUAAGAAAAUUGGGAAUGGGGUAAGAUGAAAAUUCUUAAAACCCAGGAUGAUGGUGUGCCAUAAACAGUGUAGAUUUGACCCUGGGUAAGACAGUAAGGUUGCCUGGUUUCCUGUCCUCAUUUAGGCCUGGUCGCACAUGGCAGUUUCUCAUAUAGAAAUUUAGUGUUCACCCAGCUCUCCUUUAUCCAAUGCAAGGACCCCUUCCUGUCUUUUCUGUUAAUCUGGGGUCCUGCCUGCUGGGAUGAAGCAUGCUCUUCAUUUGUGCCCAGUUACCAGAAUGUGAUUCCGGUACCAGAGUUGGCAUCAGUAUGGCAUCACUAUGACUUACUCUAGCAGGUGGGGAUCCUGCCACUCAGCCUCACUGGGAUAUACCAGGAACUUUACACUCAUAUGAAGGCACCCUGAGACGUAAAAAUAUAUCCAUAUUUCACAAAAUAGAAACAGGCUGCCAGAGACAGUUGGAAGGAGAAAGCUGACUCCUGUAAGCUUCCUUCUAACCUCAUUCUUACCGUGGCACACGUGUACCCCCCCCCACACACACACACUAAGUAAAUGUAAUUUAAUAAUUUAAACUGUAGCAGACUUCUCAAAUGAUUCCCUUGCAUUUAUAGAGCACUUUACACAGUUUGCAAAGCCCUUGUGUUUCAUUUCCCUCCCCUCCCCUCUCUUCUUCCCUCCUCUCAUCCCUCCCACUUCUCUUGAACUGUGUGACCAGGUUUACCCUAAUUCAAGACAUGUAGCCCAGCAUAUCACACACCUUUAAUCCCAGGAUGUGAGAGUCAGAGGCAGG